AUAUAUCUUUUAUGAUUAUGACUCACGAUAUUGAUACAAACUGACAGUGAUAGUGGAUGCAAGCCCUAAUUAAUAAAAGUUAAUAGAAGUUAAAUUUUUAGCAAAAAAGUAAAAGUUAAUUACAAGGACAUCAGCACACUAUUUUGGCCUUUAUCCAUAUCAUUCUAUUAAAAUUUAACUAGAAGAAAAGUGGAGGACGUAUCUGUGAUUAAACUAUAAAUUAUUAACUAAAUGUGAGAUUUUUUUUGUUUGUUUGUGUAGUUUUCUUGUAGUUAUAUAAAGAUAAAACAUGGACCAGUUUACGUUAACUGAAUCAGAGAUCAAUAAGAAGUUGGGCAUCUAUAUUCUAUAUAUUUCUUAAAACAUACUUGUGAGUAUUAUUCUCCAUUUGGCAAAUUGGAUAGAAUGAUUUAAAGGUACGGACGAAAAUAUUAAACUAUAAAUUGGAUAUAUAACUAAAAAAUCAUACAAAUGAAGGACGCGGAAUUAUAAAGGAAACACUAAGAAAAAAAAGAAGCAAAUUGGCAAAAAGUGAACAAGAUAAAAAUUGAGGAAAAUUGAGGCUGUGAAAGAAGAACAAACCGUGCAAAAGGACAUGAGACUGAAAUAAAGAAGAAAUAGACUUUGUAAUGAUAUGACUUGAUGGUGUUUAUUUGCCCUUUUGUUUGACCAACACAGUCACACUAUCUUUCAUUCAGUAGUAAUUUUUGUCUUCUUUCAAAUUAUGCAAUUUGAAAAUUUGAGGGUUUAUGUCAGUCGACAAAAGUUACUGUUUUAUAAAUUUUACAGAAACUGUUUUCCAAUUAAUUAUCAGUCGGUUUGAGAUGAAAAUCUAUAACAUCAAAGCUUAUUAAUCUCAAUGAAAAGUUGAUCCAAAAUCAAGGAACUGCAAUGCAUCUGUUCAGCAAAAACUAAUUGUCUUUUGAAUAUGUAGUUUAAUUACCUCAGGUGAUAAUGUACGUCACAUUUAAACAGUAGAACCUGACAUUAACUUUUUUAAAAGAAAAAAGCAUGUUCUAUUACUGUGUUAUUUUACUUUGUGCGAACACCCAAAAGUUCUUCCUCUGGACCAAUAUCGAUAUGCAUAUAUUUUAGUUAGCAUAGCCUUCUUACAAAUGGAUUAUAACACAUUCAUGCAUGCCUACGUUUUUAGUUAUUUAAAGAAAGAUACGUUCUAAAAAGUUCAAAUAGUGACAAGAGAGAAAAAGGGACCAAUGAUUUGUUCAACUCUCCGAUUAUUAAAUAGUUUUCGUAAAGAUUAUCUAUUGCGUCCAUUGUUUACUUAUUAACUAUAAAGAAUAUCUUAAGGAAACUAUAGGACAAACCCAAGCGAUUUCCUAAAUUUUGAUGACGUUAUAUUAUAAAGUCAAACCUACAACCACGAUCUUCUUAUUUUGACCAGCUAAGGGAUAACAAUCAUCUAAGUGAGUUGAGUGAAGCAAAAAUAUUGGUCAUGAACUGUAAUCUUUUUGUAAGUGUGUGUGGUUUUAAGUGGUUGUUGAGUCAUCAGCUCCUCAAAUGUACUAUAGCCUUUGUAAUCAACAUCAUAAAACGACAAGCCAAACUUGCCUAACACAUCUUGCUUUCUUAGUGCAACUAAGGAGUUUAUUCGGUUUGGUUUUUCUUGAUAGUGGUGUUUGAUCAUAUAUGCCCAUAUAAUAUGAGAAGAGUUGGAGGAAUAAUUAUGUUCUUGUAUAUUGACAUGAUCUUCUUUAUAUAACUUGAUUUGAUGAGAUUUAAUACGUAACGUUUGAGAAGAACAAACAAUUACGGUGAUUAAGUAAUCACCUCAAACUGAAAGACCAGAAACGAGUCAUUCUAUUUAUUUAUGAUUUACGCUUUAAAAUUUUAAAAUAUUAAGAAUACUUAAUUAUUCUACAAAAUUUGAAGAAUAUAUUAGUACAUGAUCUUGUCCGGAAUUCUCCAAUUACUGAAAGGAAAAUUCUAAUUUAGUAGUUAUAACUUAUAAAUUCAGCUAACCAUUUAACUCCUUACUUUAAGAUAUUUAAGAUUUAUUUUUUGUGUGAUACUAUAGUAGUUAACACCACAUUGUUUUUUUUUUUUAAAUCUAGGACCUCUAAAAGUCUACAGAGAAAACCAUAUAGCAAUUCAUCCUUCUUAUAGGAGAAGAUAAUCUCUUAUAUUUUUAGAAAGAACAAGACGAGGAGAAAUUAGUGAUUUGUAAAAUAAAGAAUAUAUAUAAACUUUACAAAUUGACUUGUUUGGCACAUUACCACUUUAUAUGUUGGCUAACAAAAGCAUUGUUUCUAAGUUUAAAUAAUUUUGAAACCACACAGCUAGAAACUACAAACUUUUUCUGUGAUGUAAGAACACAACACUGAUCCAAACUUGAUUUUAUCCACAAUGGUACUAGUCUUCAUGUGUCAUUAUCAUGAUAAUGCAUGGGGAUGAUAUAUAAAUCUUUGUCAGAUCAAUCUUUCUUGAACAUCAUGACCAUGCAUCAUGUAUGUGCACAUGUUUGAUGCGCUGGCACCCUCUCCUAUACUCACAUGUGUACAUAUUCAACAACUUACCUCUUGGUUACUAAGCUAACCAUUUCAAUAUCGAUGCACCACAUCCAUGUGUCAUCACACACACAGUGAUACACACCCAUAUAAUAUAUAUAUGCAUGCACUGAUUAUCAGGUUAUGAUAGACCAUAAGGCAUGGGCUUUCCAUAGUACUUUCAUUCUCAUGCAUUAACCGGUCGAUGAAUAAACAAUAUACAUGUAAUCGGGAUCAACUUAAAAAUUAUAAUACUACUUCAACCUGUUUAUCGAUGUCAUAACUAAUAAUUUUUACAAGAAAAAAAAUCCUCUUUAGUGUCCACUACACUUGUAGAUUUAUAUGGCAGCCAUUAAAAAAGCUGAACAAAUAUUCUUCGCAAUAACUUAAAGAAAGAAAACAUGCCAAUGGUCAUGUAGAAGACAUAAUCUAACAUAUAUUUUCAAAAGCAAAAUCCUUAUGAAAGUGUCACGAAAGCCACCAAUUUACAGAAAGUGUGGUCCACUUCUAAUGUCUUUCUAUCUGUAUAAACACCCCUUCUCAGCCAAUCUCUACCAUAACCUCACCCUCUUUGAGAUCUAACUAGAGAGAAAUUGACCAUGCAUCCAAAUUAUGAUAGUUCAAGUAUAAACAACAUGCAACAACAAGACUACUUCCACUUAAACCCCUAUUACAACAACUUAAACCCUUCAACCAAUAACAACCUCAAUCUUCUCUCAUACCCUCAAAUUCAAGAAUUCAAUAAUCUACAAUCUCCAGCAAGCAACAACAACUCUACCACGUCCGAUGAAGCAACUGAAGAGACAUUCGUCAUCAGCGAGAGAAAGCAAAGACGUAUGGUAUCUAACAGAGAAUCAGCAAGAAGGUCAAGAAUGAGAAAGCAAAGACACUUAGAUGAGCUUCUAUCCCAAGUUGCUUGGCUUCGAAGCGAGAACCACCAGAUUUUAGGCAAGCUUAACAAAGCCACGGAUAGCAACGAUCUUGUUCUUCAAGAGAACUUGAUUCUUAAAGAGGAAAAUUUGGAACUUCGCCAAGUUAUCACAUCUAUGAAGAAGCUUGGAGGAGCAGAAGGAGGAAGCACAAGUUUCCAUGGCAUAUAUUGUUCUUCUUCCUUGGAUCAUGACUUGGAUCAAGACUUCUCUUGUAUUACAAAUGAUCCAAAGUCUCAUCAUCCGUCAUGAGUUGUUGUGAUCGAACUUUAAGUUUCCGAGACCAUAUAUUUCUAGGCUGAGAAUAAAGCUGAGUCUUAUGUAUUUUCACUGAGCUAGCACCGUUGAGACAUUACUUUUUAACGGUUUAACUACGUACUAAAGUUUGCGUUAUCUUUUGAUGAAUAUUGGAUUUGAAUAUUACUUUUAUCUA